GAGGCCUUCGAGCGGCGGACCGGCGCUGAGCGGGCGGGACGAUGCUGUCGCUGCGGACGGCGCGCGGAGUCGCAGGGCGGCUGCUGCUGCUGCGGGAGGGCGGCCGGCGGUCGGGUCCCGGCGCGGCGCGCAGAGGCGUCUCGGGGCUGCCCAUGAACACGCUGGUGCUCUUCGUGCCGCAGCAGGAGGCCUGGGUGGUGGAGCGCAUGGGCCGCUUCCACCGCAUCCUCGAGCCGGGACUGAAUUUCCUCAUCCCAGUCCUAGACCGCAUCCGCUACGUACAAAGCCUCAAGGAGAUUGUCAUCAAUGUGCCAGAGCAGUCGGCUAUUACUCAUGAUAAUGUGACCCUCCAGAUCGACGGGGUUCUCUACUUGCGCGUCAUGGAUGCUUACAAGGCUAGCUAUGGGGUGGAGGACCCCGAGUACGCUGUCACCCAGCUCGCCCAGACCACCAUGCGAUCCGAGCUGGGCAAGCUCUCCCUGGAUAAGGUCUUCCGGGAGCGUGAGUCCCUCAAUGCCAGCAUAGUGGACGCCAUCAACCAGGCCUCAGAUUACUGGGGCAUCCGGUGCCUGCGCUACGAGAUCAAGGACAUCCAUGUGCCGCCCCGAGUGAAGGAGUCCAUGCAGAUGCAGGUGGAGGCUGAGAGGCGCAAAAGGGCCACCGUCUUGGAGUCUGAAGGGACUCGCGAAUCGGCCAUCAACGUGGCUGAGGGGCAGAAGCAGGCCCAGAUUCUGGCUUCGGAGGCUGAGAAAGCAGAGCGGAUCAACCAGGCUUCUGGGGAGGCCAGCGCCAUCCUGGUGAAGGCCCAAGCCAAAGCAGAGGCCAUCCGACUUCUGAGCACCGCUCUGGCCCAGCAGAAUGGCAACAUGGCGGCCUCUCUGUCGGUGGCUGAGCAGUAUGUGCAGGCCUUCUCCCAGCUGGCAAAGGAGUCCAACACAGUCCUCCUGCCCACCAACACCGGCGAUGUGACCAGCAUGGUUGCCCAGGCCAUGGCGAUCUUCUCCUCCCUGGGCAAGCCCCAGACGCCCCUCGAGAGACUGGAGGGCUCCGCUCUCCCUCCCCAGCCGGCACAGCAGCCCCCCAGCCCCGAGUAUGUGGAGCUGGAGCAGUCGAGCGCCAGCUAGCCAGAGCCCGCAGGCAUGGGGCCGGGGAAGCGGCCACUUCCUCCGUCCGUGCCUGCCCCGGGACCCCCGGACUCUGCUGCCCCCAGUCGCCCCACUUUGUUUUCUGAUUUGGAGUGAAUCAUGUCGCAAUAAAAGGAGAUGGCCUGA